UGAUUUAGGCCUGUUACUGAGAGAUGGUACUCCUUCACUACUAGGGCAGUCCUUCGAAAGCGAUAACAAUGGCAUUUUAUAAGGGAUUAUCUUCCGGGAGAUUCAUUUUGGUCAACUUUGCGUUGUAAUAUAUGCUGGAGUAAUGCCUGGAGGUUUGCUAAUGUUCGUUUGAUAAAAAAUUCUAGAAACCAGUGCAGUGCUGAAAUUUUCUUUGCAGUGUCUGCUAGAGUUGGCUUUUCGGUAGAUUCAGACUGUUGCUUUCACUCUGGAAGUGGACAUGGAAGUGCUUCUGAUUGUUCUCUUGUUAGUCCACGUCGUCUGACAGUAUUUAUUUUUGGUGAAGUGUGAUUGAUAUUGGACACAGUUUAUUAGAUGGUAUUCGUUUGGUCGCGAAACUUACCAAUGACCAAAGACAAUGAGAAAAUGAAGUGUAGAUCUAUGGAAUUGCAUGACGAAUGUGUCUGUGUAGUCCAUCACAUGAAGUUGUGUUUAGGUCUAAGUUGUGACUGAGUAGCAUGUGUAAAGACGAAGAUUUAACAGAAUACAGCAAAAGAAAAGGUAGGCCAAGGGCUGUAGGGCCUAUCUUUAUUGGUGAGCACUGCAUCCAUAGUGCACAGUGUCACAAUAUUAUAUCGGACGUGAUAAUGUGAGAGUUUGGAACAAAGUCAGCAAAGUGCAAUGUUUCUCGAAUUCAUCCAUCUAAUAAACGUGAUCAUGAGCAUCAAAUAGAGAAAUAAGUAAGCCUUAGCCAGAACGAGACCUACAGAAAAUUUUGUCGCCCUUAGAAAUUUGAAAAAGAGGGAGGUUAUCAUUCUCACUGGCAAAAAUGAGGCGGAUGUUUAGCAAAAACAGAUCUUCUCGCCGCAAAGACAAAAACUGCAACGAUGGUUCAAAUAGCUCCAAUGUGGAAGCGGUUGGACAUUCAAGUGGCUCUCUAAGCAGAGCACAAGCUGAAGCAUUGUACAGCAAUAAUACAAGUCCAGCUCGAAGUUCCAGUACAGGACAUAGUCCAAGUUACAGCGGUGCUUAUGGCAAUGGCUCCAUGGAAAGACCCCCUCGUGGUCGUGCAAUGUCUGAUGGGUCACCAGCUGAAUUUGCAGUUUCGUCACCAUUGGACUUUCCUAUGGAGCACCUACAGUCUUUCAAUGCCACAUACGGGCUGAAUCCUUCACAAAGGACAUACAUUGACAGCAGAUCCAUACCCCGGCACACGCCCUUAAAAAGUCUCAUUAGUCCCACCCACAGUCGAAGUAUUAGUUCCAGCAGGGGCAAUACAAUUACUCAAAGCCAAAGUCAUGCCAGAGCUAGCAGCACAAGUAGUCUAGGAAAUUCUUUACGUGAAAGAUCUUUAGAAAGAAUUGAAAGGGAAAAUGCGUAUUUAGGUGAUGCUUCUUUAGACAGACAUUUUGAACAAAUGCAGCUUAAUAUGCAAAUGGACAACCGAUUAAAUCAGGAUACAAGGUAUAAUACGACAGGACGUGAUAGAUCACUCGAUCGUGAAUAUCCUCACAUGGGUGCUAGGUCACUGGAGAGAGACCCUCAUUCUGUGAGUCGAUCAAGGUCCAUGGAUCGCGGUGGUGAAUACAAUUAUCCAUCGGCUACAUUACCUACAAUGCCAUUGUUAUCGCAUCCGUCCAGUAUCCCACCAUCGGAUCAUUCAAGUCAUGAAUUUCGAAAUUCACUUGUAUUUGAGAUGCAAGUGCAGAUAUCUGAUCUUCACAAAGAGGUCAGUAAACUUCAGAAAGAUUUGGAUCACUCCAGGGAGAAACUGUCAUCAAGUAUGAAUUCAAUAAAAACAUUUUGGUCUCCGGAGUUGAAGAAAGAGAGAGCAGUUAGAAAAGAAGAGGCUGCGCGCUGCAAUUUGCUAAAUGAACAGCUAAAAGUGGCUGAAGCAGAACUAAGGAGGAACCGAGAGCUGCUGAGAGAGCUAGAGGAGCGAGUCCAGGGUGGGGCUGGAUCAGCCGGGCCUGCUGCGGCACAGGAGAUGGCCUCUCUCAAACAGGAGCGUGAGCUCCAGUGCCGUGAGCUGCUCAUCCUCAAGAAGACAGUGGAAGAGCUGGAGAUUCGCAUUGAUAGUCAGAAACAGACGCUGGAAGCUCGCGAUGAGAGCAUCAAGAAGUUGCUGGAAAUGCUGCACAACAAGGGCGUUAAUGUGGCCAAGGUUGAAGAGGACAGGAAACUGAUCGAGAACCUCCAAGCCAAAGUGAAGGAGGAAGAGCAGAAGAGAAAACAGCUGGAGGUAGAUCUGUCAGACAAGGACUUCAAGAUCAUGGAGAUGGACAUGGAAAUCACACGCCUCAAAGACUCACGGCCGGACUCCUCUGGCCAUUCUGAUGACCACAAGUUGCAGGCUAAAUUGGAAGCUAAGGAUUCCCGUAUCGCUGCCUUAGAGAGAGAAGUGCAACAGCUAGAGGAUCGGCUACUCAAGGCCAAGGAGGAAGGAGCAGGACUUCCACCAUCGUCACGGGAAACGUCUCUAAGGGAUUUGGCAAGCGCCAAAGAAAAGUUGCUUAAGGUGGAGCUUCAGGGUCUUCGUAGUGAAGUGAACAAAAAGGAUGCAGAACUUGCUGGGCUUCGUCUCAAGCUGGACUCAAUGGGCAAACAGCAGGCAGAGAGAGAGGAGUAUGUGUCUGUGCUAAAGGAUCAAGUGACAGCGAAGGAGAAUCAGAGUACCAUGAUACAGGCAGAUAUGGAGGGUCUUCAGGACCGGCUUAAAACCAAAGAGGACACGAUAGAACGCAAGAGCAAAGAGUGCCAGGCGAGUCAGGCAGAGAAACGACGUGUAGAGCUCGAGGUCAUGGAACUUCGAGACCAGCUAGAGGUCAAGGUCAACAGGGUCAACAACCUGCAGCGGAAGAUUGAGGGCCUGGAGGAUACCAUCAGGGAGAAGGAAGACCAGCUAUCUCAAGCUCGCAUCCGCCUCACCUCAGCAUUCACCGAAUCGCCCAGCGAUGGUACUCUAUCUGCCCUGGAGGAUGCGCUGGUGGAGAAAGACAAACAGAUUGAGAAACUGAAAGAGCAGAGAGAAAAAAGCGAACAAGAACACCAGGAAGAGACAGAUGGGCUGAUGAAGAAAUCACUGGAGCUCAAGGCCAAUCUGGACUCCCUGCAGAAAGAGCUGACUGCUAAACAGACAGAGAUCUGUGAACUACGAGAGCAGACGACGGAACUCCAAGCUGGCAAAUUUGAACAGGAGAGUCGUAUCCGCAAGCUGGAGUCUGAGGUCCACGAAAGGCAGGCGGACUUCCAGAGGGUGACGCUAGAGCUAGAGGAGGCAUUGGCUCAGGCUGCUCAUGUAGAGGAGGUGGAGGCAGAACUGGAUUCGAAGCGACGGGCAGAGGCUGGACAACCAGCCAACUUUAGCCAACAGGAGACGAAACAGCUCCAGUCAGAGGUUGACCGUCUGCAGGAAUCUCUGCGUGAGGCCGAGGCUGACCGGGCUGAUAAGGAGGCGGAGAUCAAAGAAUUACAAGAAAUUGUGAAGGAGUACAAGCAGAAGAUGGGAACCCUCAAGCGCAGCCAACAGACUGAGAAGAAGAAAAACGCUCAGCUGUUGGAGGAAGCGAGGAAACGGGAGGAUUCCAUGACAGACGAAUCGUCCAGCUUGUCGACGGCGAUCAAGAAGAGCACAGAACGUGUUGAGGAGCUGGAGGAAGCACUACGUCAGAGCGUCAUCAUCACAGCCGAGCGGGAGAUGGCCAUGGCCGAGCUGCAAACACAGAUUGAGGACUCCAAGACCGCGAUGGAAGAGAUGCGAGCUGAGGUAGAAAUGUUGCAGCAUUCCUCACAGGACUAUCAGGACAAGCUAGCUCAGCUCUCACGACAACUGGAGGACAAGGACAACAAACUACGACGUGUGGUUGCUGAGAGGCAGAGACAAAUGCAGGAGGUGCUUGAAACUAAACAAGAAGCUCUGCAGGCCACCAUCAGCGAGAAGGACUCGACCCUUGCCCUGCUUGAGAUGACUAGCACCAAGAACCAGAAGAACAUGGAGGAGAUUGACCGUUUGACUCAGGAGAAACACAAGCUUCAGUCUCAGCUCAGAGAAGUGACGACAAGCAGGAUGAAGUUGAUGCAUCGAGAUUCCAGUCGAGAGAAAGGUUCUCGCAGUUCCAGCAGGUCUGCCAGUGCAAGGAGUUCCCCUACACCACCGGCCCCUGUACCUGACAAAGCCAAGUCAGCAGGCAGCUCUCCCACUGAGCAGCCGCCUCUAACGCAGGACAUGGAAGCUACUCGCGAAAAAUCCUCCACUGAUUCUACCCCAAUGGAAACUGCACCAGAGUCUGUUGCCACAGUAGCUGACAGCAAAUCUCCUGACUCAGGCUCUUAGCAGAAUGGAUAAUGUUCUCCAUUUAAUUUUUUUUAUAGAUUUUAAUAAUUUCUUUUGUUCUUUUUUGAAGUGUCUGCCUCAGUAUUGCUUGGCUGUGUGUGUAUCCGAGCUGCAUCAGAAUUGUACUGAGAUUGUAGUCGUCAAGUUGCACUGUAUGCACUCCUAUCUCAGGUUUCCACAGUGAGCAUUACUCCAUCAUCUCUUUUUGUUGGCAUGAUUGGCACUGGCAGUACUUUGGCAUUAAAAUAUUUAUGGGGAAAAUGAUGAGAUAAAUGCUGAUUGUAAUGGGUUUUUUCCUCAUGUAGUAGAUAAUUACUUUAAAAGCUUCUCAGGAAGCCAAAAAUGUUUUAGUGUUUUAAGGUCUGUUAGGGUAACAAUAUGUGAGGCAGUGUGGUGAAAUCAGGCGCUCGU